AGCGAACCUCAGUCGUUGGGUACCAUGGAACGUUGGCGCAACAAAGUGGCGGUAGUGACUGGCGCCAGUGCUGGAAUUGGUGCGGCCUGUGUGCGCGCCCUGGUCGGUGCCGGUCUGGUAGUUGUCGGACUGGCGCGCCGCCAGGAUCGUGUCGAGCAGCUGCGGGCAGGACUACACGAGGCAGAGCAGGGGCGUCUGCACGCGCUGAGGUGCGACGUUACGCACGAGGAGCAGGUACUGUCAGCCUUCGACUGGGCACAGCGCCAGCUAGGUGGCGUGGACGUGCUGGUCAGCAAUGCAGGCAUCAUUGCCACCGGAGAGCUAAGCGGUCAGGGAAACACGGCGGCCAUGCGCGACACUAUAGAAACUAACGUCAUGGGCAGUAUUUACUGCAUCCGCGAGGCCUUUCAAUCGAUGAAAAAGCGCGGGGCCGAGGGUCACGUGGUCAUCGUGAACAGCGUGGCCGGACACCAUGUGCCCAACUUGGGUCCCCAGCUCCCCUCACUCAAUGUCUAUCCGGCCAGUAAGUUUGCGCUCCGCGCCAUGAACGAAAUAUAUCGCCAGGAGUUUCAACGCCACAAAACCCCUGUCAGGGUGUCGACCAUCAGUCCUGGCAUUGUCGACACGGACAUCUUGCCCCCGGAGAUCUCGGCGUGCAUCAAGCAACACAUGCCCAUGCUGCACUCAGAGGAUGUUGCCGAUGCGGUUCUCUGGACUAUCGGCACUCCACCCAACGUACAGGUUCAGAACAUCACCAUCAAGGUGCAGGGUGAAAAGUUUUAGCCUAAGCAGCGAGGUGGCACUCCAAAAAAUAUGCAUAACAUACAACACAAUAAAUUAUAUGCUUCUCAGAAAUCUAUGAAAGAUUACACUA